GAUACCGUAGACGAGGAAGGCAUGAUGAAGGCAUGAUGACCAGUCGGAGUCAAAGGACUUUGUAAACCGCAGUAUCGACGUGUCAGCUUUUUUUCUUUGCGACCGGCUAUCCUUACGCCACUUAAGUAGAUAUACAUAGUCAGGUGCACGGACUUGCGCACUGGGCAGGGUUAGGCGCACCUCGAGGUGCCGUCAUAAUGGCGGGCUUUCGGACGCGCAUGCCCGGCUUCCGAGCCCAACCGGACGCACGGACGCCAUUCCUCGUCUACCGGUCUGAAAGAUGUGGCCUCGUAUGCUCGUCUGGUAAGGGCGAAGCCCAGAACUCGCUGGACGCGCUCGGGCCCUGGCCUGGCUCCCUACUUGGCGGCAGCGGUGCCACCCCCCGCUGGAAGCGGUCAAAUGCCAGCCCCCCCAGGGACUCAACAUCAUCGCUUGCCCCCAACUACCAAGCCUUCAUCGUGUUCGGGCGACGGCCAAACGGCCGCCUGUACGCGGCCAACGACGGCACAAUCAGCGGUGGCGAGCAUGCGCCGGGGGCCAGGAGCACGGACGAUGAGGAGCUGGCCGUAGCUGAGGACCCAAUGUUCCUAGCCGCCCAGGCCCGGCAGGAGCAGCAGCGAGAAACUGCCGCUGCUGCUGCUGCUGCUGCUGCUGCUGCUGCCAUGGCGAAGCGAUCUGGGUCGAAGGCCGGGGCGCGCGCGGGUGAGGGCGAGGGCGAGGGCGAGCAGGCACAGCAGCAGCAGCGGCGGGGGCGGGGGCGCGGCGGGAGGCGCACCUCAGCGUCCAAGGGCAACGGGGAAGACGAGCAGGAGGCAGCGGUGGCGGCGAGUAGCGCCAACACCGAGGAAAGGCAUGGGGCGGCGCAGGGCCCCAGGCACGGCGGCGGCGGCGGAGCCGGCGACGGCAGCGGCGGCAGCGGCGGCAGCGGCAGCAGUAAUACCAGCGUCACUAGAGGCGACGGCGGCGACGGCCGCGGCCGGCUGCUCAUGACCGGGGUGGAUGGAUCCAUGUGGGAGGUGCCUCAGCAGCACGUGGCGGAGGCGGGGCUGGCGGAGGCGUCGCGCGUUUCACACCCGGAUCUGGAUCCAGAACGACAGCCGGCGGCGACGGCGGCGGAGCCGUCAGCAGCUGAUGCGUGGCGCAAAAGUCGCGGCAGUGGCAAUGGCAAUGGGAAUGGCAGUGGCAGAGAUGGCGAGGGCAGUGCCAGCGGUUCGGAGUCGCCGUCGUCAGCGGAAGGACUGAUCGUAUCCGCUGCCGGCGCGUUGCCGCAGCUGGCCACCACCGCUGCGGCGGCUGUAGCACUCACCACCACCAGCAGCAGUAGCACCGGGCACGGCAGCAUUAGCGGUGGCAGUGGCAGUAGCGUCGCGGGCGGCGCCAGUGCCAGCGGCAGUGGCAGUGGCAGUAGCAGUGGCAGUAGCAGCCGGCCGGGCUGGUCCGCUCCUGGCUCCUCGCCGCGGCAUGGGGGGCGGCUGCGCACGGUGACCCGGCCGCUGCCGCGGGUGCUGUUCCUACACACGGGCGGCACCUUGGGCAUGGACCCGGAGGAGGCUUUUGAGGAGGAUGAGAGCCACAACCUGCGGCCGCGUGCCGGCGCCAGCGACUCGUACAAGGGCAGCCUGAGGCCGGGCGAGAUGCUGAGCAGCUUGCUCACCAUGGUUCCGGAGCUAGACAAAUUCGCCAACGUGGACUUGCAGGUGGUGUUCAACAAGGACAGCAGCCGGGUGGGGCCACAGGACUGGAUCCACAUCGCGCGGGUGCUGCACACCAACAGACAGCACUACGACGCAUUCGUGGUGGUUCACGGCACUGACACGCUGGCCUACACGGCCUCGGCGCUGUCGCUCAUGCUGUGCGGCUUCAAGAAGCCCAUCGUCCUGACCGGCAGCCAACUGCCGCUGCGGGCGCCGCGCACCGACGCGCGACAGAACCUGCUCGACUCUAUUCAGGUGGCCACCUCGGCCUUCUCGCCGCCGCACGUGGAGCUGCAGGAGGUGGCGGUGUGCUUUGGCGGCAAGCUCAUGCGCGGCAACCGCACACAGAAGGUCAACUCGGCCGCCUACCAGGCCUUUGACUCGCUCACCUACCCCUACCUGGCCACUCUGGGCAUCGAUGUGGACUGGAACACGCGCUACCUGCUGCGAGCGGAGGGCGCCUACAAGCCCAGGUUCAAGCUGGACCCGCGGGUCAUCCGCAUCCCGGUGGUGCCCGGCAGCGACCCGCGCACUGCGUACGGCGACCUGUACGGCAGGGGCGUGCGGGGGGUGGUGCUGGAGGCCUUCGGGGUGGGCAACCUGCCGGACCAGACCAGCUUCGGCUGGAUACCCUGGCUCAAGGAGCAGACAGCCAAGGGGCUGCAGGUGUGUCUGACCAGCCAGUGCAGCAGCGGCCCGCUGCAGCCGGCGCUGUACCAUGCGGGGCAGCUGGCGGCGGAGAUGGGCGUGGACGCCGGGCCGCACAUGACGCCGGAGUGUGCGGCGGUCAAGAUGAUGUUCUGCCUGGAGCACCCCGACCUGGCGCUGGGAGUGCCGCUGGCGGGGGAGCUGUAGCAGCCGCUUAGCAGCUGUAGCCACGGCUGUAGCAGCGCCUGUAGCAGCUGGAGCGGCUGUAGCGUCUGAGAGCGCGGAGGCUGAUAAGGAAGCCGCAUGCUGUUGCAUAGCAGCUGGAGCGGCUGUAGCAUCUGAGAGCGCGGAGGUUGACAGGUAGACAAGAAAGGUGGCUCUCGCUCUCGAGAGAACAAGGGCUAGCUAGCGGCUAGCUGCUUGAAGCAGAUGGGAGGCAGGAGGCGGGGAGUUAGGGCGCCAGGAUCUGGGCUGACACAAGCACGCAGGUGGCUGAGGUCGCCGUGGCUGGCUGGCACGCGUUAGGCGCACUGAAAGCUGGAGCUAGGCCAGAGCACAGGAGCAGGGAUGCUGUUGGUACUGUGGCCUUGCGUGUUGGGGUUGUUUGCCUCUGUGCUGGAUGGGGUGGCAGCAGGUGGCUGCGGGUGGCUGUGCACGGCUAGGGUUCAUGCUGGCGCGGCCUACGGAUUGCCGUGCGCAGGGCAAGGCUGCAUGGGACGGGAGGAGGAGCAGAUGACACGAACUCACUUGCAACACCUAAACUUCCAGCGCCAAAGCGCGUAGGGCAGAGGACAGCAAGCUGCGACUCUGCAAGCACAGCAUACCGGUAAAUCCUUUUCAACCAUCAGAAACUCAGAAAGCCUUCUCCACCUGAGACCCCCUUCAUGUGAUCAAGCCAUCCACUUCACACACGCACCGCACACGAUUGUGGUUCGAUUCAACUGGCCAACUGGGGCAAAUAUAAUGCAUCGAUUAUCCACAAGACCACAAGGCACGAGCACCAAGCAUGCAACUGCCGGUGUCAUCAAGUACCGUUUCAAGCAACCUGAUGGGGCCGCGGCCCCCCACGUGCACGUACCGCGUGAGCAAGAGGGGCUGUACGCAAACGCCUUCGCCUGCUGCGGGCUGCCCUCACACACGCCUGCACGUGCUACACACAUGCACUCAUGCACUAAGCCGGUGUCUAAAGCCAGACGCGGGCAGCCCAUCUCAAGGACUCUAAAAUAUUUCGCAUUCUCCCGCACUUUGGUGACGAUGCCACCCGAUGUCCG